GAAGCUGGGACCCAUUCUCUUGAGUUGACAAGUUUUUGUUUCUGGGUCUGCUUCAUCUUUUCAAAGGGCUCAUUUUUCUUGGUACCUUCUUCAUACCAAAAAUCCUUCCUUUUUCAUUCCUUAGUGUUUUUUUUUUUGUCUUUUCUUCCUGUAAGCUCUUUCAGUUGCUUGAGAUGUGGAGAGAUCAAGGAGUUUCAGCUGAUUCUUUCUAUGAAAUUCGACCUGAUUGCACCGAUGUUCCCAUUACUCGAUUUAAGAUCAAGGCUGGUAAAACACUAAGUCCAAGAAAAUGGCAUGCUGCAUUUACUCCAGAAGGGUAUCUGGAUAUAGGCAAGACUCUGAGACGAAUCUACCGAGGGGGAAUCCAUCCAUCAAUAAGGGGAGAAGUUUGGGAAUUUCUACUUGGUUGCUACGAUCCCAAGAGUACAUUUGAGGAAAGAGAUCGGAUAAGACAACGCCGAAGGCUGCAAUAUGCUACAUGGAAAGAAGAAUGUUGCCAAUUGUUUCCUCUUGUCGGAAGUGGUAGAUUUAUCACAUCACCUGUAAUUACUGAAGAUGGCGAGCCAAUUCAAGAUCCAAUGAUUCUGCCACAAACAAAUCCAGAAAAGGGAUUGGCUGCACUUCCUCAAGAUAACAAUAAUAAUAUGUCUUCAAGUAUAGAUUCUGCAAAUAAUUUAGAAAACAUGACAGACAAGAAAGUAAUCCAGUGGAUGUUAACUCUCCAUCAAAUAGGUCUUGAUGUGGUUCGCACUGAUAGGACAUUGGUUUUUUAUGAGAAGCAAGAAAACUUGUCGAAACUAUGGGAUAUUCUUGCUGUUUAUGCUUGGAUAGAUAAAGAAGUCGGGUAUGCUCAAGGAAUGAGUGAUCUAUGCUCCCCAAUGAUAAUACUUCUUGACAAUGAAGCAGACGCAUUUUGGUGCUUUGAGCGUCUGAUGCGCAGACUUCGAGGAAAUUUCAGAUGCACUGGUCGCUCUGUUGGGGUGGAGGCUCAACUAAGUAAUUUGGCUUCAAUUACUCAAGUAAUUGAUCCAAAACUUCAUAAACAUAUAGAACAUAUCGGUGGAGGCGACUAUGUGUUUGCUUUUCGGAUGCUAAUGGUUCUGUUUCGUCGAGAAUUUUCCUUUUGUGAUUCAUUGUACCUAUGGGAGAUGAUGUGGUCUCUAGAAUAUGAUCCUUACUUGUUCUUGAUGUAUGAAGAAUCUCAAUCGGCUUCUGGAAAAGCUGAGGGAUUCAAAGGAAAAGCAAAGUCGAUACAACAAUGUGGAAAAUAUGAGAGAGAAAAUCUGAAAAAUGGAGCGAAGAAUGCUGAACCUCCUCUCCCUAUGUCUGUCUUCCUUGUUGCUAGUGUGUUGAAAGAUAAAAGUACAAAACUACUCCAUGAAGCGCGAGGCUUGGAUGAUGUUGUCAAGAUAUUGAAUGAUACAACAGGAAAUUUAGAUGCCAAAAAGGCUUGUACUGGGGCUAUGAAGCUUCACAAAAAAUAUUGGAGAAAGGCCAAGAAAGCCUAGCACCAAACAUAUCCUAUGAUAUAUUUUUUUCUUCCAUUUGGGAUGAUUAAAUGAUGUGAUGCUUCUUGCAUGCUGUCCAAUGUUAUUCCUUGGGAGACAAUAAUGGAGUCCAUCAAAUUUGGAUUGUGGUUUGCUGAAUUGAGUAAAGGAUCCAAGUUUCUGACCAUUAAAUUUCCUGUUGUAUGUGAAAUUAAUUUCAUUUUUUCUUCUUCUUAUUCUUGUGUAUGAAAAUAGAAUGCUGUACAACCAUUGUACUUUGUAACAUAUUUGUAUUGUAUUACAAAAGGGGAAACACAAAUUGUUUGUUAAUAGUCUGUUAUCACCGAUUGUACUAAAGAUAGUUCCCAUAAUGUUGUUGAUGGUGAUCAACAAAGUCCUCUUUCUAUUAAUAAAAACACACUUUAAUAUUAAAUUUAA